UGCAAAAACCUUCAUCACAUCAAAAACCUCCAAAUUCUCCUCUUCCCAAAAACCCUUUAGAUUUUUCUUUUUUCUCCCAUGCAGUCAUCCAAAAAUGAACAUUCACUAGGUUUGGCUGAUUAUGUUGGUGUUGAGAGCUAUGUUGAUUUAAAAUCUGCUUUGAAUUUGGAACCCUAUAAGUGGUUCAGCGGCAGCGGUGGCGGCGGAUUUGAGAGAAGGGAAGAAGUGAGAAUGGCGAUGAAGAGAGAGAAGCAGAAGGAGAAAGUAGAGAGAGAAUAUCCGCCGUCGAUACCGUGGCUGGCGCACACGGAGAAUUUGCCGACUUCACAAAUGCCGUGGGUGAUGAAGAGGUAUUAUACACCUGACGGCAGAUUGAUUAUCAAAGAAGAGAAGGUGAAAAGGUUUGAGUAUUUCGAGGCUCACCGUACUAAUGGACGAUUAAUGGUUAAUCUCGUCCCAUUAAACGAUGACGUUUCGGGUUCCGACGAUGAUGAUGAAGAUUGUGUAUGUGAUGAUGGCGAUGUGGCUGUAACGGAUGGUUGUAAUCAGGUGAAGGUUGAUCGGACGGAGGAGAAAGAAUCGACAUUGGUGAAUGGUGGUGGUACUCCGGUGAUCGGCGGCGGUGGAAGUGGAGGAGGAAGCAAGUGUUCGAGUUUAUUUUCGUUAGGUGUACCUGUACCGGCGAUAAGGCCAGUUCAUACAUAACAACCUACCCACAACUGUUGACCUAUCUCUUAUGCUAAAAUGAGCCUUUUUUAAGUGUUUUAAAUUCUUUUUUUAUUUAGUUCAAAAGGAACAAAAAUCUU